AUGUGUGAGAAGAGUGGUCGUCCUCCUACAGGUCCACAGCUCCAACAUGCUAUUAAAAGAAACUUUGGUGGCCUUGAUGACUUUAACACUUAUGAAAUUGUUAAAAAUUAUCUUCCAAACAUUGAAAAAGUACCUGAACUAUCUUCUAUAGGUCAAGAUCAUGAGUUGCUUAAUCCUGACUGUACUCCAUUGGGUCUUAUUAGGAAAAGUCUCCAAACUAAAGAAACAUCAUGGCAUGAAGAGAAUCGUUAUUUAUUAUUUUUAACUGAGAAUUAUGCUGCUCUACAAGUCAUCAAGCACUUUCUUCAUGAAGAGAUUGGCAUAAAGCUUGACAAAUCUUUAGAAGCUUUGUCUUCAAGAGGUAAUAGUGAGCACAGGAUGGAGCCUUUUGUACUGUUUGGGAGCUCAUUCCCUAAAGACAGAGAGUACACUCAAGUGUGUCGUAACAUUAAUCUGAUUAAAAUAUGUAUGGAAACCGGUCGUACUGUCAUCCUCCUUAACCUUAAGAACCUGUAUGAGAGCUUGUAUAAUUUACUAAACCAGUAUUAUAUAAUACUAGCUGGAGGACAGAGAUAUGUUGAUCUGGGACUACAGACACAUAGAGUGAAGUGUCGAGUACACAAUGACUUUAAGUUAAUCCUAAUAGCAGAGAUGAGUACGGUAUAUGAGAAGUUCCCUCCUCCAUUGAUCAAUAGACUGGAGAAACACAUUCUGCAAGCUGAGAUUGUACUACAAGAGGAAUGGCAAAAGGAAGUGCAUAUGAAAUUAACUUUCUGGGUUGAACAAUUCAGCAAAAUUAAUGGCACUAAGAAAAGGUGAGAGAGAUAAGCAGAGCAAA